CAAACCUAGGCUCUUUCAUAAAAGGUGAUUCGUCUGUGUUUUUGGCCAUAUAUUGCAACUGUUAACGUGGCCGCAUUGCCAGCAAGCGAAGUCAGCCAUGGCAUCUAACUCGUUCAAAACCCCCAAAGAGAAGCGUAGAAAGAACAACUUUGAUAAUCUCUCCAACGAUCAAAAUAGCAAAACUCCGCACACAUCAGAGGCCAGGACUCUAUGUUAUGUUGCAUAGUCGCACCCCACAGAAAUUCGGCUUAAAUUGAAGAAAUUCGUUAAAGGGUCUUCAUUUUUCUUUUUUUCAUUUUCUUUUUUUAGUUUUGGAGAUAUGGGUUUUUGGAGUUUGAAUGUGGAGGUGGAGAAAGAGAAUCAGAGAAAGAUGAGUGGAGGGGCUGAAAGGAGGCUGUGUGAGGAAUUUUCACCUGGGUAUUACGCUCUUUGUACUGUUGGAGGAAUGCUCAGUGCUGGGACUACCCAUCUUGCUAUCACGCCCCUCGAUGUCUUGAAAGUGAAUAUGCAGGUGAAUCCAAUAAAGUAUAAUGCUAUUUCUUCAGGGUUCUCAACCCUUUGGAGAGAACAAGGCCCUUCUUCGCUUUGGAGAGGUUGGUCUGGAAAGUUUUUUGGAUAUGGCAUUCAAGGCGGCUGCAAAUUUGGUCUCUAUGAAUACUUUAAGAAGUUUUACUCUGACGUGUUGGUAGAUCGUAACAAGAGUUUCAUAUUCUUUCUCAGCAGUGCAUCUGCUCAAGUAUUUGCUGACGUGGCUCUUUGUCCUUUCGAAGCUGUCAAAGUUCGUGUUCAAACACAGCCCAGUUUUGCAAAGGGCUUGGUUGAUGGGUUUCCAAAACUAUAUAAAACUGAAGGGUUCGCUGGCUUUUACAAGGGACUCUUUCCACUAUGGGGUCGAAAUCUUCCAUUCUCUAUGAUAAUGUUUUCAACAUUUGAGCAUUCGGUGGACCUCUUAUAUCUGAAGGUUAUCCAAAGUAGAAAGGAAGAUUGCUCAAGAGCCCAACAACUUGGUGUUACAUGUUUAGCGGGCUAUACAGCUGGAGCUGUUGGUACUGUUAUCUCGAACCCUGCUGACAACGUUGUUUCCUGUCUUUACAACAAACAGGCUGAAAAUGUGAUGCAGGCAGUGAAGAAAAUUGGAAUUGUUAAUCUGUUUACUAGAAGUCUUCCUAUUCGAAUUACACUUGUUGGCCCUGCUGUUACUUUACAAUGGUUUAUCUAUGACAGCAUUAAAGUGCUAAGUGGACUGCCUGCAAGUGGAGGGCUUAGCAGGCGUCUGGAAGACGCUAAUGCAUCAUCAGCUUAAGCUUUUAUUUGAGAAGACAACCAGAAGUUCAAUCAGGUCAAUCUUUAGACUGCAAGAAUAUCAUCACUGUUGCAGAAGACAUGAGAAAUUUAUAGCCUUCCGAAAGAUGUACACAAGUUGCUUGUUAGGGUCGGCCUAGCAGCCCCAUUAUCCAAUCUAGGAGGCUAUGACCAGCAUCUGCCUAGCAGCCCAAUUUUAUGAAACAUUAUCAUUUCAUCCAUUGAAUACAUACAAUUUUUAUCUGACUAUAGAGAUGUACAUUAAGAAUGUAUGCUAAUGUUCAUUUGUAUAUGCAAAUUGUAAAAGGCCAACUGUUUUGAAGGACAAUUCAAAUGAUACCUGGAUUUUCCAUGCA